UUCCGUGGGUAUGUAAUUACACUUCGCGGCGAAAAGAGAUCUAAAGAUCUAUCUGACAUGCUCUUGAGCACCUGAGCAUCAUCGCCCCCAUGCUCUCUUAACAUCCACUCACUAUGUCAUAGCCGUCUCUUUAAGAGCCCUCGCCCGCCCCCUCUGCUGUAUUUUUAGCUGAGCAAUGCUCUACAGAUGCUGAACAGGACGAGCAGCGGUGCGUGUGCCAUAAAUGAUCGCGCUUAAACCUUCAGAUCUGUUGAAUGAUGCAUUAUAGCGCUUGAUAUCUCUUUCGAUAUUGGCGCUUUCAGGAAACGGGCGCCUGGAUGCUACAAAAAAAAAAAAAAACAACACUGCCGGACCUUAUGACGAGGGGAUGAGGUGUGCCAUCAUGGAUUUUUGAAAAGGUUUCGAGGACCGAAAAUGGACGGAAAUAUAUUGCUCUAAAUCGCGAGCAGGCCCCUGAGCGUCCAGUGCGCCUCUCCGGUGCGUCUUUUUACGUUUGCACCUAAAACGUACCCUUUUCUUUGAUUUCAAGACCCUCCAAAAAGCCUUCAAGACGGACGGGAUAGUGGAGCACCGAGGCAAAAACCGUGCCAACAUGCGGGAGAGGGACUUCAUGCCCAACAUGGAGCGGGGCAAGCCAGCUACGUACACGGGGGACAAGAAAGCCAAGAUGGCCGCAAAGACCAACAAAAAGUGGGUACGGCUGGCCACCGUGUUUGCCUACGUGCUCUCCGUGUCCCUGGCAGCUAUCAUACUUGCCAUUUAUUAUAGCCUAAUAUGGAAGCCGACAAUCCAGGUUCCAGCCGGGCCCAAAGGAAACAACAGCGCAUCCACGAACGCCUCGACCAGCGUUAACGGAACCAGCGCCAAUUUCACCGAAGCAGACAACGGCACGAGCACAAAUGGUACGCAAAUAAACUUGGGGCUUAAUGUGACUGGCACCGGAAACGAGAGUGCUUACUCGGCCGCCAUUGAAUACACGCCUGUCAGCGAACAGAUGAAACAAACCGGGUUUGAACAGUACAGAUAUGAUCAAAACUCGGGAAGCGUCACAAGUCCGAGCGACGCAAAAAGGGAAAAGCGCGAGUCGGUACCAGAGAAAUAUGCGCGCUCUCGAAACGAGCCUAGUGAACCGGAGCAGAGAGGACAAGAAUAAUUUAAACUGUUUAAGCUUACACUUCAAACCGCAUGCUGCCGCACAAAUAAUGUGCAAAAGCAGUAGAAUUUCGGCACACUAUUUAGUGCGGUAAUGUGCGGUUUAGGACGUGUCCUAGUAAACUCAGUUUGGUGCAUAGUGGAGAGCGCGCGCGCGGCCGAAGCUGACAGCUAUAACGGGUCCGUGGAAUUAAGGUGAUGUGGAAGUAUUGUACGCAUGGUGCAUGGACGCCAAUUUCAUUUUGCUAACGCACAGCAAAGACUCGGUUAUAUUUUUUUAAAACAUUUUCAUGUAACAUAAACUGUCCAAAGUUGUAAUCUUUUAUUUUAGGGCACAUGAGACCUGUUUGAUGGACACUAAACUGAAGACUGUUUGAUAGCCAUCCAGCUUCCCAAAUCACCUCCGUGUGCUUGCAUAGUUUCUAAACAGUAUAGCCUGCCAUACGUAUUUAUUUGAACUGCAGCACGAAAAUAAUUAACAGCAUCUCAGUUUUAUUUAGAAGAAAAUAGUUUACAUUGAAUUUCAUUGGAACAAUGUCCAUAUAGCCUCCCAAUUAUACAGGAUUUCUUGUUCAGAGGAACCUGUGUCGAGUUUCGCUCAGGUAUGUGCAAAUGUUCAUGUAAAUGUAUUCUGUAUUUGGUAUAUAUAUAUAUAUAUAUAUAUAUACAUAUAUAUAUAUAUAUAUAUAUAUAUAUAUAUAUAUAUAUAUAUAUAUGUACAUAGGUCACAUGUAGGCUAUUUGGUAAAUGUACAUAGUGCACAUGCUCAGGCCUUGAUUGAACUUUCAGCAUAGGCUACUUUUUACAAAAAAAAUCAUGUAUACUAAAUACAAUUAUAUAUAUACACCGCCCCAAAUAAAAAUAAAGGCCCUUGUAAAAGGAUGCAUGGUUUCCAUGUUUUUGUCAAAAUGUAUUUUAUUUUUAUGUAUAAUGUAUUUUAUAUUUUAAGCAUCUUAUUCCAAUGAUUAUAGACACAGGCUCUUUGAGUAGUUAAGGGUUUAUUGAUUCCUAAAAAGGUUCUACUUGAAGCUCUUCAUUUAGGUAAACACCUCUGUUAUAGGGUUCAUAGGAGCUACUUACAAAUUGUCCCUCAGUUUGGGGUUUUGUGUAACCAAACGUUUUCAGCUUUCAUCCUGAACUAUGAAUACUACCAUAUAAUAUACUAUAUGAAAUACGUUAUGAAGGAAGCAGGGCAGUAGGCAGAUGAGUGAAAUGUUUCCCCUUAAAUCACAAUAAAACCAAAGUGAUGCAGGUCUACUUAAGAAGGAAUGAAUUCACUGUAAAUAAUGACAGGCACAAAAGUAAGCCUUUAAAUUUUAUACAGUACAACUGUGUGUGUGUGUGUGUGUGUGUGUGUGUGUGUGUGUGUGUGUGUGUGUGUGUGUGUGUGUGUGUGAGGGAGAGAGAGAGAGAGACAGAGAGAGCACGGUAAUGGACCAUAGUGUUUAUGGGCCUCUAUCAGGAGACAACAUUGAAAGCUCAUUCAUCUUCUGAGUCAUUUCUAGCCAUCUAGGAUGUGAUCAACAUAAUCACCCCUUUUCACACACACACACACACACACACACACACACACACACACACACACACACACACACACACACACACACACACACACACACA